AGUGGACGUAUUUUUAUGCACGCCCCUUACCCCUUUAAUUCAAAAAAAUCUUUGUUUUUGAAUUCUCUAAUACAUAAAGUAAAAUUACUAGACAAAGGAAUUUUCCGGUCAUGCCUACAAUUUAGGGCCCUAUUUUUCAGACUCGUAGCAUCGUCAGAAGUGUGUACGAAAAAUGUUCCUUCGUCACUCUGCCCGCGGUUCUCUUUCUCUGUUGCCACUCUUGUCAAAGUUGAUAUUUCCUGAAACAUUGGCACCAUCAUCGAGGAGCAGAGCGAUUUUCAAGGCUUCGAAAAUCACUUGUUGGCAGUGCGGAGCUGACAAACCGCUGGACAAUUUCUUCUGCAAAAAAUGCAGUGCCCUGCAGGAACCCGACCACACAUCGUCGUACUUUGACGUUCUCGGAGUUGAAAAGAAAUUUGACUUGAAAACUGCUGAGCUGACCAAGAAAUUCAGAAGCUUGCAAAGUCUUGUCCAUCCAGAUAAAUAUGGCAGAAAAUCUGAGAAUGAAAAAGAAAAUUCAGAAAACCACUCAGCCCUGCUCAACCAAGCAUACAAAACUCUAUUAAAACCAAUGGACAGAGGACUAUAUCUUUUAAAGUUGGAAGGCCUUUCUAUUGAGGAGGGAACGGUGCAAAUGGACUCUGAAUUUUUAAUGGAAAUCAUGGAAUUGAACGAGGAGCUAGAGUCGGCAAGCUCGAGUGAGGCUGUUUUAAAGUUAGCUGAGGCAAAUAACAAAGUGAUCAACCAAUACACCAAGUAUUUAGACAUCGAUGCUGCCUUCGAGGAGAAAAACUUGGAAAAGGCCAAGCAGCUGUUGACCAAAAUGAAAUACUAUUCUAGUUUUGAAGAAAAAAUCAAAGAGUUGAAACGAAACUUGGGUAUUGUUUCUUAAAUUGAUAAAUUUAGAGAAAAAUUAAAUUUUAUUGUUUGAACUAUAA